UCAUAAUUUAUGAACAGAUGACUAUGCCAUUCGUGGCACCAAAUCUAUUUUCACAACAAUGGAUGGGCUUGGUUUAAGGGAGACCAUGGUUUGGCUGUUUUGCUUUCGGACGGGCCUUGCUAAGUUUUGUAGGUGGGCUCUAGGUGUGGGCAUCGGAGCCGCGGAACCGAUGAACCGGACCGACUUGGGCUGAAUUUGUUAGUCAGUGGGGCCUACCUCCUAUAUAUUUGGUAGGAUUUCGUAGGAAAAUGGUUCGAUAGGUGGACCCCUUUCGGUUUAGCGUGUGUGAUGACGCGUACAACAAACUACAAAUAAACUCGUCCGUUUAUAAGGAGGAAGAAGAAGCAUCUCGUGGAAACUAGGAAACAUCCGCGUAGUAAAUUAAAAUCCUAUCUGGGUUUGGCUUAUGCCACAAGCCAACCCAGACCGACCACCCUCGCUCCCCUUCCCUUAUAAAUCAAACACAGAACAGAGGACAAGCCACCUUUGUUUAUGCGUUUGUUUCGCCAAAAAAAUUCGAACAACUGAAGAUCAAAGAUAAUUCAAAGACAUCAAUCAAAUUAAGACAUGACAGGAGGAACCGAAGCUUUUCCGGAUUUGGGAAGGCACUGCCAGCACUCCGAUUGCCACCAGCUCGAUUUCCUCCCUUUUCAAUGCGACGGUUGCCAUAAGGUGUUUUGUGUUGAGCAUCGGUCUUUCAAGUCCCACGAGUGCCCCAAAUCUGAUCACAACAGCAGAAGGGUGUUGGUCUGCGAAAUCUGCUCCACCUCCAUAGAAACCACCGACCGCGACGGAGAAAAAGACCAGAAGCUCUUGUUAGAGAAGCAUCACAAGUCUGGAAAUUGCGACCCAAGAAUGAAGAAGAAACCCACGUGCCCGGUUAGGCGGUGCAAGGAGAUCCUCACGUUUUCCAAUACCAGCACGUGCAAAACUUGCCAGGUUAAGGUGUGCCUCAAGCACCGGUUCCCCGCCGACCAUGUUUGCCGGAAGCAAACGACGCCUUCCUCAUCGUUGUUGGUGGGUAAUGGUGUGCGCUGGAACGAAAAGUUCAUGGCUGCUUUUGCUUCAAGGAAAGGAAAAGAAUGCGGGAAGAGCGAACGCGAUUCCAAGUCUUCAUCGACUGCGCCUUCUGUUAGAGCAUAUUAAGGGAUAGCGUCAUGGGUCGUCUGUUGUAAACGUCUGUUACUUUUUUUUAAAAUGUAAAAUCACAAGGAGGAGGGAGGGAAUUCGAACUUGGAUAUGAAUAAUUCCAACUUGAGUUUUUAUUAAACUCAAUUGAAGGGAGAGGGGAUUCGAACUUAAGAGAUAAUUUUACGAUCCAGUAAUCAUCAUAAAUUUUACCAAUUACAAUUCAUGGUUU